AUGGACGACGACAUCAUACCGCACCAGGAACAGCGCGAUAUUGCGCGUACUGCUAACUAUCUGGCCGAAACCUGGCGCAAGAAGAAGCUUCCAGUGUACACCGGUGAGAACGAGGGCGAUGGUGGUAUCAGUUUCUCCAAUAUGAGGAGAAAAUGGGAGGCGUUCUGUUUACAAGAAUGGGUUCCGCAUGAGUCACCAGCAGCGGUACGGGCGUUCAUCGCGGCCUGUAUCGAUGAAGAACUGGUCACCUACAUCCAGGACGAGCAGAGCAACCAUCUCACCAUAGCUCCCAAUCGCCGAAGUUAUUAUAAAGAGUUUUAUCAUUAUGCUCUCAGAUAUCUAGGCACCAAUCACCAAGACAAGUCGGUAGUGACGAGCCUCAUCCAGCAGAUCCUCACGGAGAAGCAAGGAGGCAAGAAGCUCAGUGACUUCCUCCGUAUCACCAACGAGCGCUUGCGAGAGCUGGAAUACUGUUCUGUCGACCACCACUCACAGCUACAUCCGGUACACAUCGCCUUUGCUCUGCAAGCAUGCCUUGGUGACCCUUUCACGGGGUGGUGGUACGACGCAUGCAAGGAGCUGGGUGGUUCCGACCAGGUUACUACAUAUGAGGAUAUUCGCACGGUUAUGCGCAGUCUACAAAAGAAGGCCCAUGCACUGAAACAACGACGUUCGUAUGGCUACAACGGUGAUGGUCACUAUGUUGGUCAUUCGCCUCAAGGUCAAGUCUUCUAUGCCGACAACAACAACAGUCGUCAUGUUCCACUACUACCACAAACUACAUCAGAGCCGUCGAAUCAGCCUCAGUCUGGUCAGCAGCAAAUCUUCCCUAGGUCUGACGAUCGAGCAAAAGCUCCGGUGAAAACCGCACAAGACCAACAUGGACAAGAACAGAAGAAGAACCUAUCUGUCUGA